GCCAGCCUUGCUUAGUGAGCCCGCCUACGCCGUUUCCCCUGCCCUUUAGCAAUCAAACCCGUGACGGCAAACCCGCGACUUGCCAGUUUUAUUAAGGCCCAGCAGGGAAAGAGAGGGUCCCGCUCGUCAGCCCAAGCCGUGCACCCACAGGAAUCGUUUCCUCCGUCGGGUGGGUCCCUUUGUGGCCUCCGCGACCUAGAAGCCUUUCAACAGCAUGCUUUAAUGUUACAGAACCAAAUUGAGGAGAACAUUCCUGGUACUAAGGCAUUUCUGUGCCGGAGAUUAAAUAAGAGAAGGCAAAGAUGUGGGCUGCUAUGGCUAAGUACUUGUUAAGGACCAAAGUCCAUCAAGACUGUUUUCAUACUCUGCUGCAAGUACAGAAAAGCAAAAGUAUUCAUCAAAAGCAUUUCUCUCUGAGUAAGAGACCUUGGCAACAUUCGGCUGGGACAGCAGGGGCAGUUCAGACCUUCAACACAAGUGCACUCAUCCAGAAAGUGGAAGUUCUGGAUGCAAACCAAUUUAUUUGUGUUCACUGGGAAGAUGGGAGUCAGAGCCUUUAUCCUCCUGUGUGGUUACGAGACAAUUGCCAAUGCCCUAACUGUUUUUUGCACUCCGCUAAGGCACGGAAAUUGCUGCUUGAAAAUCUUGAUGUCAAUAUUGAGGCAAAGGAUGUCACUUUGACAAAACAAAAAAAGGUGUACAUUAUAUGGCCAGACAACCACACCAGUGAAUUUGAGGCAGAAUGGUUGAAGAAGAGAUGUUUUUCUGAGCACGCAAGAGCAAAAGUACAAGAAGAACUAUUUCUGUCAGAACAUGAGUACUGGGGUUCUGAUCUACAACUGCCAACUAUGACCCUUGAAGAGGUUUUAUACUGUGAUGAAAGUGCAUACAAAUGGUUGAUCACCCUUAAAAAAGUGGGAAUUGUGCUGCUAACAGGAGCUGCUAUUAGACAGGGAGAGCUGCUUAAACUUGAACAACGAAUUGGUUUUCUUCGCCUCACAUUUUAUGGUCCUACUUGGCAAGUACAAGAUAAAAUGGAUGCUAACAAUGUGGCUUACACAACUGAGAAGCUAAGUUUUCACACCGAUUAUCCUGUUCUACAACAUCCACCUGGGAUUCAAUUCCUGCACUGUAUAAAACAAACAUCCACUGGAGGGGAGAGCGAAGUUGUAGAUGGAUUUCAUGUAGCAAACAAGCUUAAGGAACAAAAUCCUCAAGCAUUCCAAAUCUUGACCUCCACCCUUGUCGAUUUCACAGACAUUGGGGCCGAUUACUGUGAUUUCUCAGUGCAGGCCAAGCAAAGAAUUCUAGAUGUAGAUAACAAGGGCCAGGUGGUUCGUAUUAACUUUAAUAAUGCUACCAGAGACACAAUAUUUGACAUACCUGCUGAAAAAGUAAAGCCAUUUUAUACUGCUCUCAAAGACUUUGUUCUUCUGUUAAAUUGUGUGGAGAAUAAGUACUCCUACAAGAUGAAACCAGGUGAAAUAGUGGUAUUUGACAACUGGCGUGUACUGCAUGGCCGACUGAGUUACCAGGCAGGGACAGAAAUAUCCCGUCACCUUGAAGGAGCCUAUGCAGACUGGGAUGUGGUAAUGUCAAGACUGCGGAUCCUACAGAAGAAUGUCCUGAAUAGGAAGUAACCUUUAAAAGCAGAACUCCAUGUCUCUGCACAAGUGGGAAAACAGACGAGACAGCCUGUUCCCAGAUGAUAACGAAUCUAAUAUGUUUCCAGACUGCCUGCAUGAAAGUCCCAGUUGACAUAGCUCUAGCUAGUCUAUUAGAACCCUGGCUGAUCUCUGGUACAGGAUUAACUGGGCCUCCAUGGUUGACAUGAAUAUUGACACUGAUGUUCAUAAAUUUGUGAUUUGGAAAA